CUCCCGCCUUGGUGCAGCUCUGACCCUACGGACUCUCCAUGCCCCCCACCCCCCCGGCCCAGCAGCUCACUCUCUGCUCAGGCCUUUCCACACCUGCCUGUGGGCUUUUCUCACUGCACCUUUGAACCUAGUUUAAAGCCCCACUCGCUAGACUGGGGAGUCGGUGCACGAAGAUGCUCUUCCCCAUCUUGGUCCGGUGGAUCCCGUCUCUUCCCAGCAGCCCUUGUGCCAGGGCCAGCACCCCACAGUUACGGUCAGGGAAAGCUCUCCUGCCAACCGCGCCUGCGCAGCUGUGCACUUCCCGCCAGCGUCCCUGCCUGGGCCCCAGCCUUGGCCCUCACUCCCAGAACUCUGCGGGCACUGCUGCUCUGCCGAUGGACAGCCGGGCAGCAGCGGUGCCCACAGGGCUCAGCAACACGGGGUGUUGGCCAGAGGGACGGAUGAGCCUUGGUGACUUUCCGUGACGUUUCGUGUGUGGGCUCCAGGCAGGGAGUGCAGCUUCUGGGGCAGAUGGACGCUCCGGCACCCUGCGCAUCCUCCUCUCUGGUGCACUGGAGUCUCCUGCUCCUCAGCCACUGGGACUUGUCCCUCCCCUCCCGUCCCCUCCCGUUGCUGGGAUGGGGGGGACCUGCAUGGGGGAAGGAGGCUCGCUACUGCCUGAGAGGGCCAGUGGCCAGUUCUCCUUCCUCCUUUCGUGCUGCUGUAGUGGUCUGGGCUUAGCCAGCAACUCCAUCCAGAUGGCUCCACGUGCGUCCUGCCCAUGAAGUCUCCAUGUUCCUGGAGGACAUGCAGCCAGCCACUUCCUCCAGCAGCACUUCCCUGCUUCCCGAGGGACACCACACCUGACACCUCUCGGGCUGGCUAGUACCCCUGCCCAGCAAGGCAAGCCCAGGUCCUGGCUGGAAGCCCCGGCGUGAGGAUGCUUGUCUUGUGGGGACCCCAGGGGCAGGCAGAGGAAGAGUUGGCAGCUGUGUUGGCCAUGGGCCAUUUUCCUCCCAUUGCAGGCUUUUCCUCAUCGGGUGCCAGCUGGCUAAUUCCCUUGGUAUCGCCAGCCAUGUGGGUGACUGGCUGUGCCAUGUCCUGGCCUGGGCACCAGGGUUACCCCUUCAGUGUGCCCUCUUCAACAAGGGCAGGUCACAACAAUGGCUCUGAGCCCGAGCCUCCAGGCUGCAGCCCCUGCCUCCCGCCGGGAGCUCUGCCCAGCCAGGCCGCUGAGCGAGCCCCCGCUCGGAGCGUCCCCCUGUGCCACGCCAGCCGGUGCCGGGUUCCAGUCCUGGCUCAGCAGAGAGCAGCGAAGGGGCAGCCAGAGCCCAGGGUGCCCAGGAGCCAGGCUGCUGUGGGAAGACCCUUGGUUUCCUUUCUGUGUCUGUCGCUCUGUCUCAGACUGGUUCCAAGUAAGAGACCUGUUCUUCCCACUGGCCUGCUGCCAGCCCCUGAGUUCAUGUGUCCAGCAUCCAGAGCGUCCCACUGGCAGCUCUCCCUUGUUCAGGCUGUGGGGCUCCCUGGUCUUUUCUAGUCCUCCAUGGCUGUGGGUUGGUGCCAGCUAGUCCAUGCCGCCCUCUUCCUAUGCCCCAGCCACCUACCCUCCUGUCUCCUGCUGUGCCCGAGGAGCAGCAUUUUCACCCUUCUGCACCUGCAGGGCAGCAAUGCCAAGGGCUGGGCACAGUCACACAGUUCACAACAGUGUUACAGACAAUCCCCACAUUGUCACAGCCCCCGCGCCCGCUGGGGGGUGCUGUGCCGGUGCUAGGUCUGCUCCUGUUCUGGGGUGGGAUGUGUCAGGGUAAAGGGUUUUCUCUCUACUCUGCAGAGGCAGACGUGUUGUGCAGCCCUGGGGCCGUGGGCCUGGCCUCUGGCCCAGUUCUGGUGCCGACCCAAAUGAGGAUGGAGUCUGUGCUGCACUGCCCAGCAGCGUUCGACUGCUCCCCCUGCGUGAAGGUCGAGCUACAGCUGGCAGUGCUGGGGCCCCAGGAAGAGGUGGCCGGUAAGGGGAACCGAGACGGACCUGGGAUGGACGCCCUGCGGCAUCAGGACAGUGGGCCCCUGCGGAGCUGGGUGCUGCUCUCGGUGCAGACGUACCCCUCCUCCCGCUGUGUCGCCCUCGAGGUCCAGCUGCCCCGCACCCUGGCACGCCCCAACCACACGGUGGGCUCGCUGUGGUUUCACUGCUUUGAGGCGGUCCUGCGAGGGGAGCUGCACAUCACGUCCUACACGAGUCCCCGGUACCGGGAAGUGCUGAGCCAGAUGCACCGUGUGCCCGACUGUUCCUGGCCUGCAGCCCGGGCUGCCAUCCGGCUGUGCCAAGUGCCCAGGCUGCACUUCUCUGUGGGGCCGGAGCACAUGGUGGUGCAGUUGCAGGAUGUGAACGCAGGGCAGAACUUCACCAUGUGGUUCUAUUGGAACCAGACAAGUGGACUCAAAGGACUCAGGACAGAGAGGGGGCCUCAGAACUACAGCCUGCCCUCUGCCCAGCUGCUGCCCUGCCUCUGUCUGCAGGUCUGGCCAGAUAUCCCGGAUCCCCCCAGGACCAGCCGCUGCCCCUUUACACAGGACCCUACGGCGUGGACCCGGCUGUGGGCACAGGCCCAGCUGAAGCUGCGUCUCACCGCGGGGAGGCUGAGCUGCUCUGUGUCGGUGCCAUGCGCUGUACCAGCCGAGCUCGUGCCCUGCUGGAGGCUGAAGAGGGCUGGGCCCUGCCAUGAGCUGCCACACCUGCGUCAGGCCCUCACCCUGCCUACUCUCCAUGAGUUUGGGACGUUGCAGCCUCAUCCGAACCUGUGUGUCCAGGUGUGGAGUGGUGGGCGGGUCCAGCUCAUGCAGUGCCUGCUGGAAGGUGUCAUGCAGGGCCAGCCGGCCGACCUCUUGCUAAUGGAGACCAGGGACCCACAGGGGAACAUGUUGCUCUGUGCCAUGGAGCGAGGCACCUGCAUUCCACUGGCCAGCUCCACCUGCAUGGGAGUUGCGGUGGGGGCCCUGGAGCCACAGCUGCAACGGGAUGUGCAGUCAGGGCAGUGUCUGCAGGUCUGGCAUGCUGAGGGCAGCGUGGUGGGCACCGGCUGGGCCUGCUCACUGGAGAAGUAUCUCCGUGCCCACUGGGCGCUAGCUUGGAUGGGGGGUCUCCUCAGCACCUUCUGCAUCCUGCUCCUGCUCCUGCUCAAGAAGGAAAAUCUGAAAGGGUGGCUGAAGAUGCUGAAGGAGGAUUAUAGCUCUGGGGGUGUGCUGCGGGGCCGGCGCGCCCUGAUCCUCUACUCGCCCGACCACGCCAGCUUCGAGCGGCUGGUGAGCACCCUGGCCUGUGCCCUGACACGGCUGCAGCUGGCGGUGUCAGUGGAACUCUGGAGCCGAGCUGAGCUCUGUGCCAUCGGCCCCAUGCAGUGGUUCCAUGCCCAGCGGCUGCGGGUGCUACAGGAGGGUGGCACGGUGGUCCUGCUGUUCUCCAGGGGUGCCGUGGCCAGGUGCACCGAGUGGCUGCUCUGGAAGCAGGGGGAACGGCUGCCCCGGGACGAUCCGUACAGCGCUUUCUCGGCCUCCCUCAACUGUGUCCUCCCCGAUUUCCUGGCUGGCAAGGCUGGGGGCCGGUACCUGGUGGCCUGCUUUGAGGAUCUCCUCCGGCCGGCCGACGUCCCGGAGCUCUUCCGCUCCGUGCCCAUCUUCACGUUGCCCUCCCAGCUGCCAACCUUCCUCCUGGCGCUGGCUGGCACUGCUGUAGGCAGGGAGCAGAAGAGCGGCCUGAAGAAGCACUCCCUGUGGAUUGGCGACAGCCUGCAGCGCGCCAUCAGAGAGUGCCAGCUGCAGAAGCCUGAUGGGCACUGCCCAGCACAGGCGCCCACCCUGCCUGGGGGUGGACAGGUACUGAUGGGUGCCAAGAAUGGGACUGGGGAGCUCCCUCCAGCCAGGAGCUCCACGUGACUGAGGCUCUGUCCCCGAGACUCUUGGCACUGCCGGCAGACAGGAUACGGGGUAGAUGAACCUUUGGCCUGAGCCAGUCUGGCCAUUCUUAUGCUCUGCUGCCAGGCCAGAGUGGGCCUGCCACUGUCUCUGCACCACCUGGGCUGGGCAGGGAGGGCAAACCUUUGCUGGCCCCUGGCUGGAGCCUGGGCUGGCGGAGCCUGGCCUCUGCCCUGCGGCGGGCUCUGCGGGUCACUGCCCCACGCUCCUAAUAAAGGCUGGUUAUUUUUCUAA